AUGGGACCCUCUGGGUCUGCAGGCUUCACCGGGCUGAAGGGAGAGUCUGGUUCUGUGGGUCCAAAGGGCAGUGCAGGACAGAAGGGAGGGCUGGGGCCCCCAGGGGCCCCCGGACCAUCAGGGCGCAGCGGAGAAGGAGGAGAGCCAGGAGCAAGAGGCUUGCCAGGACCCACAGGGCCUAAAGGUGAUGCUGGCUUCAGGGGCAGCCCUGGAGCCCCUGGUACUGCUGGAUUACCUGGAGCUCGAGGGGAGGAUGGGAGGCCUGGAGACGCUGGGCGCCAAGGAUCACAGGGAAUCCCCGGCCUGCAGGGACCGGGCGGACCCAUUGGCCCUCCUGGUCUGCAGGGGCAGAAAGGUGAGAGGGGCCCCUCUGGCCAGCCUGGUUAUCCUGGAGAGGGGAAGUUAGGCCCUUCUGGGCCUAUGGGUCCACAGGGGAAAUCUGGCCAGAGUGGACCCCCGGGGCUCCCUGGACUCCCAGGACAACCAGGCCCACCAGGGCCUCCAGGGCUUUCGUCUCCUGACUUAGGCCAAGUUCUUCCGGCCACAGGCCCCUACAGUGGUGAACAGAUGUACAAGCCUGGUCCUGGUGGUGAUCUGGGGGGCCUGGAGAUGCCUGCCUUCACGGCUAAGCUCACCAACCCAUUCCCCAUGGUGGGUGUACCAGUGGUCUUUGACAAACUGCUUUACAACAGUAACCAGGACUACAGCCCCCAGAGCGGAAUCUUCACCUGCACUGUCCCAGGACUCUACUACUUCUCCUACCACGUCCACUGCAAAGGGGCCAACGUGUGGAUAGCCCUGAUGAAGAACCACGAGCCUGUUAUGUACACGUAUGAUGAGUGCAGUAAGGGUCUGCUGGACCAGGCCUCAGGGAGCUCAGUGCUGCCCCUGAGGCCUGGGGACACAGUGCACAUGGAGCUGCCCUCGGAGCAGGCCGCAGGACUGUACGCGGGACAGUACGUCCACUCCACCUUCUCUGGACACCUGCUCUACUCCAUGUGA